AUGAUAUCAUCAAAUGAACAUAAUUACUCAAAAAUGAAUUCAAUGCUUAAUCGAUUAUGUUUUCAUAUAAUACCUGAAAUUCAACACAAUAUUCAAUCUCUUACUCUUGAUCCGUGGUCAAUGAAUAGUGUUCUUACCAUUGGAAAUUAUCCUACACUUCAUAAACUUACUCUUGUCAAUCUCAAACUUGAAAUGGCUUCUCGUAUUUUCCUUAGUGAUUCACCAUUUGUUCACAUGUUUAAACAUAAGAUUUCUGAUCUUGUUAAAAUUCUGUCGAAUUUAAAAUAUUUCUCAUUGACUUCAUUUUGUAUAACAUUGGAAUAUGAUAAUCAAAUUGUUCCACUUCUUCGUCAAAUGUCACAAUUAGAAAAACUAACAUUAUCUCUUUAUGUUCGUGAACGAACUUCAUUUAUUGAUGGUACUCAUUUGGAUAAUGAUAUCAUUAGUAAAAUGCCAUAUCUACAUACAUUUAUUUUUGAUAUUGUCACCGAACAUGUCAUGAUCAACAAGGAAUAUUUACCAACGUCUGAUGAUGUUCGACGUGCACUUAUUCAACGAGGAUAUAAUAUUGAUUGCUAUAUUGACUAUCUUUGGACUGAAAAAGGUCGAUGUCAUAUUUACUCACUUCCCUUUACUAUGGAAAGUAUUAAUGUAAUUACCAACAAAUUUAUUCCUAAUGGUGUAUUCAUGAAUGUUCGUAAGCUAUAUGUGCAUGAUCCUAUGCGUUCAAUUGAAUAUGAUUUCUUCGUUCGAAUCUCACAAGCAUUUCCAUUACUUGAAGAAUUAACCGUUUUUAGUAUGGUAAACCAAAAGAAACAACGAAAUAAAUUAAGUGUACAUGAACAAACAUUUUCAAUUAUUGAAUAUUCUCAUCUUAUGAAACUUCAUUUAUUUAUGUCUCAUGUCGACUAUGCGAAAUAUUUUCUUCUAAACACAAACACACGUUUACCUCGUCUUAGUACACUAAGUAUUGAUUAUGAAAACUUGGUAAAUGUAACAGAGGAUUUUACAAGUAAUGCAGUUCGUGCCAAUUGUGUAAAUUUAAAAAACAUUAUUUUUCGUAAACAACCAGCAAUGCUUGGAAAAUUUUUUUUUUCUUAUUUUCCCUUUGUUGUAAAUAUAAAUAUAAAAUCAUUUUAA